AUGUCCUUGGCUAAGCUCCCUCUCUUAUGUUCGGGCUUGAUCACGACGUAUAUCAUCCAGACGCCUCCGCAAGCUCGGGUUCUCGCAACUGAACGAGCCAAGGAUGUCGGGUUGCAUGAACGAUACCUGUCGACCUCUGCUCGCAUGAACGUUGAGAUCAUAAAGGUCUGCACAUCAAUACCUUUGCUGGUCGAAGCAGCCGUGAUACUCGGAAAUCGCUUUCCCUCACACACGGUUUCGCGGUGGAUCCUCCGCGUCCUUGCAUCCAACAAACCAGGCCUCGUUCAACGCCUCGUCCUGUCGCCGACCUUCCUCGCAGCCUGCGCGAUCGGUGUCGCGGGCGGUGCACUCCGCUACCGGUGCUACCGCACGCUCGGUCGCUUCUUCACGCUCGAGCUCGCCGUCCACAGGGGCCACAAACUUGUUACCGAAGGCCCUUAUCGCUACGUGCGCCAUCCGAGCUACACCGCUUGGUCGGUCGGCAGCGUUGGUGUCUGCCUUAUGUCCGUCACGCGCGGCUCGUGGUUCCGCGAGUCUGGGCUGCUGGAGACGCAGUGGGGACGAACGGCGUUUGCGUUUUGUGCCCUGUACAUCUUGUACGGCACCGUAGGUUUGACGGUGCGUGCGCCUACGGAAGAUGAAAUGUUGCGGAGGGAGUUCGGGGAAGAGUGGGAGGCAUACGCCAGACGAGUGCCAUAUAGGCUAGUACCCUACGUCUUUUGA